GGGAAUAACUUUGGAAUCUGAUGUUAAACAAGCACAUCUAGUUCCCUUUGUUAAAUAUAGGUGUGCAACCAUUAUUGGCACCCCUAUAAAUUCAUAUGAGAGAAAUAUAUUUGAAGUAUAGAUAUUUUAAUAUUUGAUGUUUUAGUUUUUUUGUUGUUUUUUUUUGUUUAAGUACACCUGGGUGACUAGGAACAGGAAAUUGUUCAAUCAUGACUUCCUGUUUCACAGGGGUAUAGAUAUGAGGUAACACAGGCCAAAUUCCCUUAGUCAUUCAUAACAAUGGGUCUGACCAAGGAAGGGUUUCAAGAAAAAAGCCUCUACUCUCAUCCAAAAACAAACUCUAGCGUCUUCAGUUUGCCAGACACGAUUGGAACUUCAAAUGGGAUCGGGUUCUAUGGUCAGAUGAAACCAAAAUAGAGUUUUUUUGGCAGUAGACACCAGAAGUGGUUUGGCACACACAGAGAGGUAGCCAUCUGGAAAAGUACCUCAUGCCCACGGUUAAAUAUGGUGGUGGCCCUCAUGUUUUGGGGCUGUUUUUCUGCCAGAGGACCUGGACAUUUUGUUAGGAUACAUGGCAUCAUGGACUCAAUCAAAUAUCAACAGAUAUUAAAUGAAAACCUGACUGUCUCUGCCAGAAAGCUUAAAAUGGCCCAUGGUUGGAUCUUCCAGCACGACAAUGAUCCAAAACAUACAUCAAAAUCAACACAAAAAUGUGGUUGCUGCCACACACGCUUGACACCAUCUGAACCAAAUAAGUUUAUCUUGGUCUCAUCAGAUCACAGGACAUGGUUCCAGUAAUCCAUGUCCUUAGUCUGCUUGUCUUCAGCAAACUGUUUGCGGGAUUUCUUGUGCAUCAUCUUUAGAAGAGGCUUCCUUCUGGGACGACAAACUUAUAAACUAUAAACUUACCAUUGAGCAGGGUGGCGCAGCGGAAGCGUGCUGGGCCCAUAACCCAGAGGUCGAUGGAUCGAAACCAUCCUCUGCUAUGUAGAGCUUCCCUUUGUGCUUAAAAACAUGCCCAAAAUUCUGUUGUUCUUUAGCAUAAACGAAUGGUAAUCUCUGACUGAAAGUAGGGCUCUCUCCAAGGCAUUUUGAUUUUAGGGUCUGCUUGUGGUCAGUGCAGUUGUGUAGCAGACAAAUCCUGUAUUUAGGAGACCUGUCUGCUUCAUGCCCCAACUGAAAGAUAACCAAGAAUCCAUUGGUUUACUGUGAAGAUGAGUAUUAUUACUCUUGAUGCUAGUCGUUUGAAUCCCGAAUCCCAGUGGCCUAAUGGAUGAGGCACUUACCGCUAAAGCCAGGGAAUGUGAAUUCUCGGCCCAAAUGAUAAUGGCAUCGAGCAGGGUGGCGCAGCGGAAGCGUGCUGGGCCCAUAACCCAGAGGUCGAUGGAUCGAAACCAUCCUCUGCUAUGUAGAGCUUCCUUUGUGCUCAAAAACGUGCCCAAAAUUCUGUUGUUCUUUAGCAUAAACGAAUGGUAAUCUCUGACUGAAAGUAGGGCUCUCUCCAAGGCAUUUUGAUUUUAGGGUCUGCUUGUGGUCAGUGCAGUUGUGUAGCAGACAAAUCCUGUAUUUAGGAGACCUGUCUGCUUCAUGCCCCAACUGAAAGAUAACCAAGAAUCCAUUGGUUUACUGUGAAGAUGAGUAUUAGUACUCUUGAUGCUAGUCGUUUGAAUCCCGAAUCCCAGUGGCCUAAUGGAUGAGGCACUUUCCGCUGAAGCCAGGGAAUGUGAAUUCUCGGCCCAAGUGGUAAUGGCAUCGAGCAGGGUGGCGCAGCGGAAGCGUGCUGGGCCCAUAACCCAGAGGUCGAUGGAUCGAAACCAUCCUCUGCUAUGUAGAGCUUCCUUCGUGCUCAAAAACGUGCCUAAAAUUCUGUUGUUCUUUAGCAUAAACGAAUGGUAAUCUCUGACUGAAAGUAGGGCUCUCUCCAAGGCAUUUUGAUUUUAGGGUCUGCUUGUGGUCAGUGCAGUUGUGUAGCAGACAAAUCCUGUAUUUAGGAGACCUGUCUGCUUCAUGCCCCAACUGAAAGAUAACCAAGAAUCCAUUGGUUUACUGUGAAGAUGAGUAUUAGUACUCUUGAUGCUAGUCGUUUGAAUCCCGAAUCCCAGUGGCCUAAUGGAUGAGGCACUUACCGCUAAAGCCAGGGAAUGUGAAUUCUCGGCCCAAAUGAUAAUGGCAUCGAGCAGGGUGGCGCAGCGGAAGCGUGCUGGGCCCAUAACCCAGAGGUCGAUGGAUCGAAACCAUCCUCUGCUAUGUAGAGCUUCCUUCGUGCUCAAAAACGUGCCCAAAAUUCUGUUGUUCUUUAGCAUAAACGAAUGGUAAUCUCUGACUGAAAGUAGGUAUUUGUGAAACAGCAAAUGCUGAUGUUCAGCCAGUUCUGUACCCCUUGGUGUUGAGUUCACCCAGUACUAGUGUGAGGGAGGUACAGAAAGUGAGUGUAGUGGCCUGCUUCCCCCAGUUGCAGCCUGCUAGUAGGCCUGAUCUAAGAAUGGUGCUCAAUGCCAUGCAGGCAAAGAAGGAGCAGUUAUGAUGGGUCACUGAGGGAGGUAUCAGGGGAUGUGAGGUUCUUAGGGCAGUUAGCCCAAGUAUUAUUGUAUUGCAUUAUUGUAUUAUUGCCAAUAUAGUUCUAAAAGAUGCAUAUUUCCACAUAGAAAUAUUGCUCAGUCACAGGAAUUCAAUAAAAAUUUUUAAUUCAAUUUUAUUUGUAUAGCGCUUUUUACAAUACAUUGAGACAUUGUCUCAAAGCAGCUUUACAGAAAUAUCAACACAGUAUACAGAUAUUAAAGGUUUGAAUUUAUCCCAGCUGAGCAAGCCACUGAGUGGCGACGGUGGCAAGGAAAAACUCCCUAAGAUGUUUUAAGAGGAAGAAACCUUGAGAGGAACCAGACUCAGAAGGGAACCCAUCCUCAUCUGGGUAACAACAGAUAUUGUGAAAAAGUUCAUUAUUGACUUAUAUGAAGUCCGUAUGGCCUUAAAAGCAGCCGUAGUCCCAGCAGUCUGGAAUUGGAGUAGAUUUGAGCUUCAUCCAGAGGCAGGACAUCCGAAAAGGAUCAAGCAGGUCCGGAGAUCAGAAAGGAUCAGGAUCUCUAGUAUCUCCAUAAAAUCGUGUGUGGCUCGACAGAAGGAGAGAGGGAGAGAAAAGAUUAUUAGGACUGGGAAUUAGCAUAAUAGAAAGUCUAGUCAGGGUAGGUUUGAGUAAACAAAUACGUUUUAAGCCUAGACUUAAACACUGAGACUGUGUCUAAGUCCCGAACACUAACUGGAAGACUGUUCCAUAACAGUGGGGGUCUAUAAGCGAAAGCUCUUCCCCCUGCUGUAGCCUUCACUAUUCGAGGUACCGUCAAAUAGCCUGCAUCUUUUGAUCUAAGUAAGUGUGGCGGAUUAUAGAAAACCAAAAGGUCGCUUAGAUACUGUGGUGCGAGAUCGUUUAGUGCUUUAUAGGUUAAUAAAAGUAUUUCAUAAUCAAUGUGAGAUUUCACUGGGAGCCAAUGCAGUGUUGAUGAGAUCGGGGUAAUGUGGUCGUAUCUUCUGGUUCUAGUUAGGACUCUAGCAGCUGCAUUCUGGACUAACUGGAGUUUAUUUAUGUUCCUACUGGAAUUUCCAGACAGUAAGUCAUUAAGUAAUCUAAUCUAGAGGUGACAAAUGCAUGAACUAGUAUUUCUGCAUCAUGUAGUGACAAUAUAUUUUUUCAGGAAGUUCCUGAGGUUAGGAGGCAAUGCGUUCCAAUAUCGGAUUCUUCCCUUUGAUCUAGUUUUAUCCCCUCAUACCUUCAAGAAAUGCAUGGAUGCUGUUCUGGUUCCCUUGCGACUACAGGGCGUCCUUGUACUAAACUACCUGGAUGAAUGGUUAAUUGUAAUGCGAUCCAGGGAGUUGGUGACUCAACAUCGAGAUGUUAUUCUCGCCUACAUGAUGAGCUUUCUCCAGUGCAGAGGAUGACUUUUCAGGGGUUAUAUGGGAUUCUACUACAUAGGGUCAAUCCUCUCAACAUUGAGCAAGAUAAAGCUGGGUCUGGGCAUUCCCUCCAGUCUCUGUGAGAGAAUGUUGGGGCUUAUGGCAGCAGCAGCCAAUGUCAUACCACUGGGCCUAUUGCACGAGACCAUUUCAGUGGUGGCCAAAAAGACAGGGGUUUCACCCAAGGACGAAACUCCUGAGUGUAAUCAGUGCUCAUGCCUAUGUGCUCUGAGAAUUUGGAGGUGUCCCCAGUUUCUAGCUUUGGGUCACACUCUAUGGGCAUCUCCUUAUCGCAAGAUGGUAAUGACAGACACCUCCCUCACACGUUGGGGUGUGGUCUUAGACGACCAUCCACCUCAUGGUCUCUGAUCUCUGGUACUCCAAAGGACCACAGUGGGAACCAUUAUGUAAAAACUCGUCACAAUAGUGAAGUUUCCGAGAAGUGACGACCAUCCAAAAUUCUUCCAAGCGCACAGCAAGUAUUCAUCCAGCAAAUUAAAAAAGAGCCAAGGACAACGUCAUAGGAACUAAAGACCUCUCAUGCAUCAAUAAAGGUCACUGUUCAUGACUCCACUAUCAGAAAGACAAUGGGCAAAAAUGGAAUCCAUGGAAGAGUGACAAGGUGAAAACCACUGCUAACCCAGAAGAACAUUAACAUUAAUUUUUCCAAAACACACCUUGAUGAUCAUCAAACUUUUUGUGAGAAUGUUCUGUAUACUGAUGAGUCAAAAGUGGUUUGUUUGGAAGACAGGAGUCCCAUACAUCUCGUGUAAACCAAAGAGAAUUCCAUACAAAUAACAUCAAAUCUAUGGUCAAGCAUGGUGGUGGACGUGUGAUGGGGUGGGGAUGCUUUGGUGCUUCCCUAAUUGAGGGGAAACAUGAAUUCUGCUCUCUACCUGAACAUUCUAAAGGAUCCCUGAUAGAACACAGACUCAGAGUUGGAUGCAAGUGCAGGUAAAAUGACAGUUUAUUAGGUAGGCACACAAAUCCAAAAAGUAAGGCAAGAAAAAGCAUGAUAAACAAUCCAGGGUCAAGUGAUCAGCAAACAGAGUAUCAGACACAAAACAGUACUCAAAAACAUGGGAAACAGCAAAGAUCAAAACCAGGCAGCAAUGAACAACAACAAUGGCUUGGUAAUGACAGAACAGAGCAAUUACUUCACACUGAGGCUGAAACAGAAUGAGGCUUAUAUAGGUGUAGUGAUGAGUGAGUGGUUGCAAACAGGUGUGCGUCAUUAAACGUCCGGUGACUGUGAGCAUGGAAGUGUAUGGGUGUUGUGGGAAAUUGAGUCCAGGGCGGCCAUGUUUCUAGGCCGCUGUGUAUGCUGGGAAAUAGAAUCCAAGUUGUAGUUUAACCUAAGUCCGUAAAGUGAAAAGCGCAACUGGAUUAUGCAGCAAGACAAUGAUCCAAAGCCUAGGAAUACACUGUUUGGCUGUGGCUCAGUCGCUCAGGUCACAACUUCAGAAAACAGCAAAGGAGAAUACCUCUCAAUCAAUCUUGGAUUUGCUUUGGGCACUACAUUUGGAGUCUAUGUUUCCAAAGGAGUAUCAGGAGCUCACCUGAACCCCGCCGUGUCUCUCAGCCUAUGUUUCUUGGGCAGGUUCCCCUGGACACGGCUGCCCUUCUACAUCCUUUCACAGGUGUUUGGUGCCUUUCUAGCUGCAGCCACUGUUGCUUUGCAGUAUUUUGAUGCCAUAAUCCAUUACAGUAGUGGGGACCUUACAGUGAGUGGCCCCACUGCCACAGCAGGAAUAUUCUCCACUUACCCUGCAGAAUACCUGAGUGUAUGGGGAGGAGUAGUAGACCAGGUGAUUGGCACAGCGGCCCUGAUGGUGUGUAUUCUGGCUCUGGGUGACAGCCAUAACUUUCCUGCCCCUCCUGGUCUAGAACCUGUGCUGGUGGGAGCAGUGGUUAUGGUAAUUGGUGUCUCUAUGGGUUCAAACAGUGGUUAUGCUCUCAACCCGGCACGAGACAUUGGCCCUCGCAUCUUCAGCUAUAUUGCCGGCUGGGGCGAUGAGGUGUUCAGAGCUGGAGCUGGGUGGUGGUGGAUCCCUCUGGUGGCCACUUGUGUAGGUGGCCUCGUCGGUUCUUUGAUUUAUGAGCUGCUGAUUGGUGUUCACCAUCCUGAACAAGAAGUCACCAAGACAAUCGACAACCUGCAUAACCUGGAGCUGGAAGUGUCACAGAAAGAGUCUGAAAAACCCAAUCAGAUCAAAGUGAUGCAGGAGCAAACCACAUGAUGUUCCUUUCAUCCCUAUAUAGUGGGAAACACUGCUUAUAAGUCUUUUAUACAAAUCCAUACUUACAUAUCUAGAGACCCAAAUAACCACUACUGAAGUAACUGUCCCAUUGAUUUUCUUCAAAAAUGGGUAGCUAACUGUGAAACAGUAAUUCUCUGACUAUAAAGCUAAAAAAAAAAGUGAAAGAAAUUUAAUCAACAAAGUGUUGAGUAAAUUUCUAUAGACGCACAGCUCUGAUAGUACUUUUUGCUGCAAGGCAUAUCACAGCUUUAUAUUAGUACACUGAUAUUGAUAUGUUAUUGUUUCAAUAGUAAAAGCUAAUACACAAGCACUUGUAUAGCAGACAAAAUCUAAACAUAGUCUAAGAAAUAAAAAUUUUUGUUGAUAUGGUGAAGCUUUCUAUAUGGAGAUUUUAUUUAUCAAGGAGGUUUGUAGUAGUCAGAGGUAAAGCUGUUUUCUGCAAAAGUCUUCAGAUUUUCAUCAUCUUUCCACAACAUUAGAUUUAACUAUAAAUGCAUGAAUAAUGUGUUGUAGCGAAAUUUGCCAUGGCAGGCCGAAACCAGACAUACAGAAAACUCCUUUUUUGCACUGCAGAGACACCAUACUCCUUUGAGGACACGCUUCAAUACUUUCUUCACAUCCAUUGGAUGAAUGUCAGAUCUGGCCAACAUCCCCUGGGGACGGUUGCUUCAUCAGCGAUGCAACUGAUGUUUUCUGUCUAUUUCAGUGUAUAACAUACUGAAAUAUUAUCCUAGAAACAUGAGAAAUAAAAUUAACAAAAACCUUAGUGUAACACUUUCCCAUAAUCGGGUAUGAAAUGAGGAAGUCAGAGGCAGGCUUGAAACAACUCAAAAGGUGCUUUAUUCUUCAUCUUUUACUUUUCAGCGGUUUUAUUUUUUAGACACAGAGGCUUUAUAGACACACCCACUUCCAUACUUAGUGAUGUUCAAACUUUUUAUUUCCAAUCAAAAUGCGUGACAUCAUCUCAAGUUGCCGGACAAAGGACUGAAAUGCUGUUUGGUCACCCUAGUGUCCUAGGGAAUAUAGGUCACUGUUCAUUUCUCCACUAUCAGAAAGACACUGGGCAAAAAUCGCAUCUAUAGAAGAGUGGCGAGGUGAAAACCACUGCUAACCCAGAAGAACAUUAAGACUCAUCUCAAACCUUUUGGGAGAAUGUUCUGUGGAUUGAUGAGUUGCAAGUGGAACUCUUUGGAUGACAGGGGUCUUUUUACAUCUGGUGUAAACCUAACACAGAAUUCCACAAAAAGAACAUCAUACCUACGGUCAAGCAUGGUGGUGGAAGUGUGAUGGUGUGGGGAUGCUUUGCUGCUUCAGGGCAUGGGCAACUUGCAAUAAUUGAGGGAAACAUGAAUUCUGCUCUGUACCAGAAAAUCCUAAAGGGGAAUAUCCGGUCUUCAGUCUGUAAAUUGAAACUCAAGCGCAACUGGAUUAUGCAGCAACACAAUGAUCCAAAGCAUAGGAAUAAGUCCUAGUCCUAGAAAUAAGUGAAAGACUGCUCUCCAGUUAUUGGAAGCAUUUUGUUGCAGUUAUUGCUGCUAAAGGUGGCACAAAAAGCUUUUAAGUUUAAGGGGGUAAUUAGUUUUUCACAUGGGUGAUAGGUGUUGGAUUUUUUUUGCAUCAAUAAAAUAAAAAAAAAAAAUUAAAAACCGUAUUUUGUGUUACACAGGUUGCCUUUGUUUUAUGUUUUAUUUUGUGUGAAGAUCUAAAACUGUUUAGUAUGACAUAUACACAAAAACAGAAUAAAUCAGGAUGAGGGCAAAUACUUUUUCACAGCACUGUGUAGCCUUUAAAUACCACAUGUCAGCACUUUAUGAAAAGUCCAGGAAAAACAGAUUUAUGCAAGUCAACAGCGAAACUCUUUCCAGUGAAACGGAAAUGCAAUUGUUAUUUAGGCCCUGAUAAAUCAAAACAGACUAGAAGGAGCAUGUCCUUUCUUUUUCCCAUGACUGUAUAAGAGUAUUUUGCUCCAUAGGGUUUAUCUAUAGCCUUUAAGUAAUUUGUGUGUGCAUAUCAGCAUUUGAUGGAAAAGUCCAGGACAACCAGACCUGCACAAGUCAACAGCUGAAGCAUUCGAAACCCUUUCCUAUGUAAAGUGAAUUCCGCUUCUCUAUCAGCCCUCCUAAGCCCCAGGGGUCAAAUGUUUUACUGUUCCAUUAAGCCUUGCAUAUGAAGUAAAAGACAGUGGACUGGGGCUGGGUUAAAUGUAAAUAAAUGUUUGUGUGUGUUAGUCAGUAUGUUCUGUAAAAAUAAACUCUUCCAGAAGUAUCCUUAAGGGCAUUUUUAACUGAAUAAAUUUUUUGCUGAACUCAGUGACCCUGAAAUUAUCUUGUGGUUAAACUUGGGGUUUCUGACAAAUGUAACGUUACCCAACUUUGUUAAUCAAACAAAUGACCUUGCAGCAAUCCAUGAAACCCACAAACCUGCAGACCAUGCUCUGCCAUGCCCAGUGCACUCCAUAUGGUACUAUUUAAACUGGAUAGUGGCCAAUUGAUCCUCAGACCAAUUGUACAUCUGUAACAAGGGGUCUAAAUAGACUCUGAGUGGAGGUUAUCAUCACCAUAGCCUAUAGGCGGACAUUACAUACAGGUUAAUGUUGCACCUCCCAGUGGCAUGAGUGCUGCAGUCAUCUCUGAACAUCAUUACAGUGAGUCCAAAUGUGGGUCACUUCCUCAUGACAUAUUAUCCAGGUGAUUAACACUGCAGUUAACCAGGGUUUCUUGUCAUUUGAAACAGAUGCCAAUCCAGCAGAAACUCAGUGAGAAAGUCGCAGCAAACCAAUGACUGUAUAACAAUGGUAUUUAGCAUGUUUUAGGGAGGUGGAAACUGGAGAACCCAGGGAAAACCCAGGAACAACAUAUUAAACUCCACACAGACAGUAACGCAAGCUCAUGAUGGAAGCUGUGAGGUGGCAACAGUAUAUGCCGCCAUACUUAUUUGAAUAUAUUUUAUAAAACACAUUGCAAUGUAAUGCUAUUUUGUUAAUCAGAAGGUAGACUGAGAUUUCAUAAAACAAUUUCAGCCAUAGUUAGAUAAUGAAGAGUAACCCCUGGUCAAAAGAUCCAAACUUGUUCUGGUUCAGAAAAAAUGGAAGCGAAUCAUUUGGGAGUUAUUGGUAAACUGAGCCAAAGAACUCAAAGAGAAUAUAACUCUUCUUUGUGAAAGCAGGAGGAGCUUCUCUGGAGGUUAUCAGGUGGUGACUUGUAUAAUAAAAUGGAAACAAAUCCAGUCCAAUCCAAACUUAACCUUUAAUAAACUGAUGAGCCAGCUUAUGCUAAGCAUGCAUCUGAACUCCGUCAACCGUGCAAAAACUUUAAAACAUAUAAACUUUUAACAAUACCCAAUGACAAAAAACAAAACAAAAACAAACAAAUAAAAAAACACACCCAAAGUCAUGCAUCUGUGCCACCUGAAUCUCAAAUGUCUUUCUACACUAUGGGGUGAGAAUACGUACAGCUAGAUAUGUUCAGCUCCAUUCCGUUAAGUCUUCUGUAGGGCACAAAUGAAGUGAAUAGGGAGCUAUUUGGGGUUUGUCCUUAUAAUGAUAAUUUGCUUUUACUUAUAUGAGAACCUAAGGAAGAACAGUGAUAUGAAAAUAUCACUAUGGGUAAAUAAAAAAAAAGGAUAAUACACAUUAAACUGCUGUUUUAAACUGCUUAAAUUGUGAAACCUUAAGAUAAAGUUUUUUGUGCCACAGACUGUGUGACUAAUCUAUGGUCUAUUAGCUAUUAAUACUAUUAGCUGCGCCCGAGUGUCUCAGGUGGCCUCACAUGGUACCUGGGCAAGAAAGAUAACCAAAUUCAGCACGGGUACUUGGGUACAUUAUGGCUGUUUAAUGUAAAUGGUGUUUAUUUUUUCCACAUGGUAUUUGACUUGACACUAUUAUAUUUGGCCCAUGAUUGAUCAUGUUCAUUUAUGUUAUAAAGCAGUUUGAUGGCAUUCCCUGUAUUCAUUGUAUUAACACCCAGUGUCUAUUAGUAACAUGUCAUCUAUGAAGUAAUGCUUAUUAAACAGGGACAAUAGCUAUACUGUAACAAUUUGCCACUUUAUUCAGAAACAAUAAAGUAGAACUGAUGCAAACUGUAUGGCAGUGAAGCAGGCAGAUGCAAGUUCACCAGAUGAUGGAUAUUCAACUUUAUGUAAAGGACAUAUGGGACUAAACUUAGACACUCACACAUUCAGAUGUCUCACAAGAUCACACUAUAAUUGUUAAUGCUUUUUUAAGAAACAUGGUAUUUUAACACGCAUAGACACUUUUGAUAGAAAAAGACUACACUAAAAGAAAAAAAAAAACAUCUGUAUCGUUGUGUAAUAAAAUGUUUCGGCGAUCCAUUACACUCAACGUCUGCUUUUUAAUUACAAUAAAUUCAUAAAAAAAACACCCAGCUCUUCAGGCAUAAAUGAUAUAUUUACAUUAUGGGUAUCUGAAAUCAGCUAAGGAAAAGAAAAUACAAAUACAAAAGACUGAACUUGUUCACUUUUUCUAAACAAAACCAGAGCAAACUUUAAUCACGCUUCAUUUACACACAUCUUAAUCAUGUGGUUGUGGUGAGAUCCUGUUUGGUCUGAUGAACAUGUCUGAACCAUUGACCAUAUGACUAUUAAACCAUAUGCACUUUACAAAUCUUAUAUUUUACUACCUUAGGAGUUCUUUUCUUGACAUAUCCACAGGAUCCUCAGGUUUUUGACAACAACCAUAGUUUUCACUUUCACAAUUUGUCUCGCAAAAAAAAAAAAAAAAAAAAAAAGACUCACAA